AUGACGUCAAGCCCCACCACCACACGGGCAUCGUCGCAGAAUGCGGUGAAGAAGAUGAUGGCGUCUCUCACCGUCAGCAAGGCGGAGACGGCAAAGCGCUCAGCCCGCGCCCCAAUAACCACCGCAAGCAGGGCCGGGGGUACCUCGCCCACGGUAGCAGCAAGGCCACCUGUGGGUGGGGACACCUCCCCGGAGGCGUGGGAGGAUAACGCCGGCCUGCUGGAUGAUGAGAUGGACAAGGCAAACACAGACACAUUUGGCGACGACGCAAUGGACAUAAAAGUUCCUGGUUCUUUAGCAGAUAUGGCGAAGGCAACAAGCACUUUCUCGCGUCUGGGUGAGUGGGAAAAGGGCCGCCCAUCAAGUUUAGCCACGCCUGAUAUAUCACUUGCUUCUGCAACAACAACAACAACAAAUGCUGGUGCUGCCGCCACACCUCCUUUGACGCUCAAGUCACAAGCAGCGGAACAACCUGUCGCGACCACGGCGGCAGCAGCCGCAGUUACGGCACCGCAGCAACUUCCCACUUCUCCACAACCGCAACGAACGGCGGAACACAAACAGCAAGGAACCGCUGGUUCAUCCUCUUCAAGCCACCCCACUGUCAGCUAUGACAAGGCCAUGAUGCAGCAACUGAUUGACAUGUCUCUAGGGAACCUGCCGCACACACAAGAUGUUGAUCGACAGCGUCCAUUUGAGCCGUCAAAUCCGACGGACUGCCCUUCGUAUUAUCCGCAGCAGGUACUCCCAGCGUUAGCCUCAGCUGACAUAUACCGGGAGUUUGAGUUGGAAACCCUCUUUUUUAUCUUUUACUAUCAUCAAAAUACGUAUCAGCAGUACUACGCUGCAAAACAAAUCAAGGUGCAGUCGUUUCGCUACCACACACAACUCAACACAUGGUUCAAACGCAACGGUCAUAUGAAGGAGUCCCAGGAGGGGAGUGAGCGUGGGUCGUUCAUAUUUUUCAACUACGAGGACACAUGGCGUAUAGAAGAAAAAGAAGACUUUACAUUUGAAUACCAGUACCUAGAAGACCAGCUUCGCUGA